AAUAUUCAUCUAUAAUCAAUGAUUGUUUAGUCUGUGUGUUUAUGUGCGAAACCAAAUAUCGACAUAACUUUGUUACUUUGUUAAAUCAUCAUGAAUAAUAAAAAGAUUAAAACCUUUAGUAAUGAUUCUGUUCAACCAUACGAUUGGAAAUGGAAUUGGUCGUUUAUCAUUCCGUUAACUAUUGGUCAUAUUGGUGCAUUAUUUGGAAUAUAUUUGGCUAUUUUAUAUGCAUCAAUUAAAACAUUAGUAUUUUAUUUUAUUCUUAUACAAUUCGGUGCAACCGGUAUUAUUUGUGGUGCUCAUCGUUUAUGGACACAUCGUGCUUAUCGUGCACAUUAUAUUUUAAGAAUUUUUCUUAUGUUAUGUCAAACAUUAGCAUUACAGCUUAGUAUACUUCAAUGGUGUCAAUUUCAUCGUGUACAUCAUAAAUUUUCGGAUACGGAUGCUGAUCCACAUAAUGCAAAACGUGGAUUUUUCUUUUCACAUAUGGGAUGGGUAUUAGUUGAUCAUCAUCCAGAAUAUAAUGAAAAAAGUCAAAAAAUUGACAUGAGUGAUUUAAAAAAUGAUCCUAUUGUUUGGUUUCAACAUAGAUUCUAUGUUCCAUUGGUAUUACUGAUAACAUUUAUGAUUCCAACAUUAAUACCAUGUUUAUUAUGGAAUGAAUCGUUAAUGAACGCUACAUUUGUGAAUUUAUUUCGUAUAGCAUUAUCAUUGCAUCAAACAGCAUUAGUUAAUUCGGCUGCACAUAUUUGGGGUUUAAAACCAUAUGAUGAACGUAUUAAACCAACUGAAAAUAAAUUUACUACUUAUGUUACAAUGGGUGAAGCAUAUCAUAAUUAUCAUCAUGCAUUUCCAUGGGAUUAUUCUGCAUCAGAAUUUCGUUGGGAUGUUAAUUAUAAUCCAAUGACAGCAUUUAUUGAUAUUUGUGCAUUAUUAAAUCUAGCAUGGGAUCGUAAAAAAGUUGAUCGAAAAAUGAUUGAAGAACGAUUAAAUAAACAUGGAAAUCAACAACUAAUAAAUAUAAUUGAUAGAAAACCAAAAAGUUUAUUGUUCGAUACACUGUUCGGUGUAUUGACAUUAUUCUGGGCUUUAUGGAUGUUGUUAGCAUUACGUAUGGUAUGUGUUCACUAUCAUUUUAUUAUUAUUAUUGUUGUAUAA